UUCGACGAAAAAGGUGUGAUUUUAAUUGAUUCAGCACUGUUGUCUGUUGGUGGACCAUUCAAUCAGUGAAAGUGAUGAGAGUGGUAAUUGAGUGCAGCUAAAGCUAAGAAAUCUUUUCAUAGAAACAAUGAACUGUUACCGCUUGCAGGUUUCAAACUUGAGAUGGUUAGUGCUACUGGUGGUAGUAGUGAACGGUGCUGACAUUCUCGGACCGGACGGAUAUGAAAUUUCGAAACCAUCAAUCCCAUUCUGUGAAAGUGGAGGAUCACAGUGUACUAUUCAGUCUACCACUGAAAUCGCAGUAGAUGGUGCCACAUGUACCGGUGGUGAAGGAAAAUGGCCGCAUUGUAAACCAUCGACGCCAAGUGCUGUUCCAACCGCCACAUCAGAAUCGAGUUGUUCGAACGGUGGCUCUGGACCAAAUUGUGAAUUUCCCAACCUGCUGGUCAGUUGCUCCAAUGGAGGAGUUCCUCCGUUUUGUUGUGAUAAUGGAGGUGUGGGACCAGAUUGUGAAGUUCUUGGUGAGCAACAUUCUCCACAGAUAAGUUGUGCAAAUGGGCAAAUCCCACCGUUCUGUUGCGAAAACGGAGGAAUCGGACCGGACUGUAAUAUUCUAUUACCAUUCGAAUGUGAUAAUGGUGGAACUGGGCCUGAUUGUACGAUCGUUGUGUCAUCUCCACAAACCCCAGCAUCGUUUGUUCCUUCGUCUCAGUCGCCUCAAACAUGUACCAAUGGUGGAGUUCCACCUUCUUGUGAACAUCCAAAACCUCCUUUCUGUUCCAACGGAGGAGUGCCGCCGUAUUGUUGUGCAAAUGGUGGCUUCAAUGCUGAUUGUAUUAUUCCGGGACCUCCAACUGGUUGCCCUAAUGGAGGAGUAUUACCGUACUGCUGCACGAAUGGUGGAUUAGGUCCGAAUUGCUUCAUAAUUGAACAAGCGAUAGAAAUUGCACAACCGGUUGAGAUUACGUACUACCCAUCGCUUUGCCCCAACGGUGGAAUAGGAUUGAACUGUGAAGUUCCUUCAUCUAUGCCACUGUGUCCAUUCGGCGGCAAACCUCCCUAUUGUUGCACAAAUGGUGCAGACGGACCAGACUGUGAAUUUACUGGUACUAACACCGCGUGUCCAAAUGGAGGCUUGCCACCGUACUGCUGUACGAACGGAGGAUCUGGUCCCGGAUGCUCAGUUCAUUCAGGUGGUACGGGUACAGCAGUAGGGACAUCUUCCUGCCCAAAUGGAGGAGAGCCUCCGUAUUGUUGUACAAAUGGAGGAUUUGGUCUAGAGUGUUCAGUUAUUACUGAUAACUUAAUCGUUCCGGAAGAACAUACAUCCUGUUCAAAUGGAGGCUCGCCUCCGUAUUGCUGUACAAAUGGGGGCUAUGGGCCGGGUUGUGUAGUAUAUGAAACUGAUAAAAUCUCUACAACAGUACAACCAUCUUGUGCGAAUGGAGGACAAUUACCACACUGCUGUGCUGAUGGCAGUUCUGGACCAGAGUGUGAUCACUUUAGUACUUUUAAACCGACUACUACAACCCGUCGGACAACAACAACAACAACCACUAGAAAGCCAACAACAACCACCCGCAGAACCACGAUUACGACUCGAAAACCUACAACAACUACGCGGGCAACAACCACAACCACCAGGCGACCCGUAACAACCACCCGUAGAACGUCGAUUACAACACCAAAAUAUACAACCACCACCCCUAAGCCAUAUACCACUACAAAACGACUAAUAACCACAACUCGUCGAACAACUCCAAAACCUACGUACACUACGCAUAGACCAACGACAACCUCGAGCCGAUUCACGCAAACCACUACAACUCGCAAACCCACAACAAGUUCACGCAAAACAACAAUAACAACUCAACGAGCCACGACACGGAAAACAAUUCCCACAACGCGGAAGCCUGCUACAAUCACACAUCGGCCGGUAACGACAACUUCUCGCAGAACAACAGUAUUCACUACCGCCCGUCCCACGACACGUCCAACCACGAGAAAACCGGCUUGUCCUUACGGUGGCAUUCCACCGCACUGUUGCACCAACGGUGGCCAGGGACCAAGCUGCAUUGUCACGACCACGAAACCGAGAACAACAACUCGUAGAAUUACGACAACAACGAGAAAACCUUACCCUUCUACCCCCAGGCCUAGCUGUCCAGCAGGUGGCAUUCCACCGCACUGUUGCACCAAUGGAGGCCAAGGAGCGAACUGUGAUAUUCGGCAACCGGCGACGUAUCUACCGCCGAUCAGUAAUGGCAACUCGCAGCAGCAGCGUGGCUAUCGGUACCAUGCCGGUGAUACUUCGUAUAUAUUUUAGAUUUUAGUGUUAGUCUUUACUAGUUCAAUGUUUGAGUGAAGCAAAUACAAUAUUUCGUUCUUUUUUAUAUGAA